AUGGCCGUUAAGGACACCGCAUACUACGACGCUCUUGGAGUCCCGCCAACAGCUACCGACAUCGAGAUCAAGAAAGCAUACCGGAAGCAAGCCAUCAAACUCCACCCGGACAAGAACCCCGACGACCCGAGCGCGGGCGAAAAGUUCCAAGUCGUCGGCGAAGCCUACCAAGUCCUCAGCAACGCCGAACUGCGCAAACAAUACGACCAAUAUGGCAAAGAAGGGGCGAAGCCCGACAGCGGCUUCGAGGACCCGGCCGAAUUCUUCACCAUGAUCUUCGGCGGCGAUGCGUUCAACGACUGGAUCGGCGAGCUGAGCAUGAUGAAGGACUUGACGAAGAGUAUGGAGAUUUCCAUGAAGGAGAUGGAGGAGGAGGGGCAGACGGCCGCGGAGGCGUCGGCGAAUGCGGAGGCCAAGGCGGCGGAGCAGACGGCGCAGAGUAUGAUGUCGGAGUCGCAUACCACACCGGGCACAAGCGCUACGCAGGGACUACCUACGCGAGAAAAGGAGUCGGCGGCACCAGUUUCUUCCAGCACAUCGACAACACCCCGACCGCAAGGCAUACCCACCCGCCUCGCCAUCACCGACCGCACGGAAGAAGAAGCCAAGCUCUCCGCCUCCGGCAUGACGGACGACGAGAAACGGCUACGGGAGAAGGAGAAGCGGAAAGGCUUGUCGCGCGAGCAACGCGAGGAACUGCUGGCCUUUGAGAAAGAACGGCAACGCGUCCGCGACGAACGCAUCUCCACCCUCGCCGCCAAACUCAUCAACCACCUCUCCGUCUGGACCGAAUCGGACAAACGCCCCGACGUCACCGACGCCUUCCGCGAGAAGAUGCGCCUGGAAGUCGAGAACCUCAAGAUGGAAUCCUUCGGCCUCGAAAUCCUCCACGCCAUCGGCCAGAUCUACGUCAGCAAGGCGACCACCUUCCUCAAAUCGCAGAAACCCAUCAUCGGCGGCGUCUCGGGCUUUUUUUCCCGACUAAAGGACAAGAGCGCGUCGAUCAAGGAUACCUUUGGCACGAUCCAGACGGCCAUCUCCGCGCAGAUGGAGAUUGAGGAGAUGGCGCGGGCGGAGGAGAAGGGCGGGGAGGAGUGGACAGAUGAGCGGCGGGCCGAGUACGAGAAGAGGGUUACGGGGAAGAUUUUGGCGGCGGCGUGGCGGGGGAGUCGGUAUGAGAUUCAGGGGGUGCUGAGGGAGGUUUGUGAUGCCGUGUUGAAUGAUCGGAAGGUGAGGGUGGAGAAGCGGGUGGAGCGGGCGCAGGCGUUGGUCAUUGUGGGGGAGAUGUUCGCCAAGGCCGAACGCGAUCCGGAUGAGGAAGGGGAUUAUAUGGCUUUUGAGCAGCUCAUGGCCGAGGCGACGGCGAAGCGGGAGAAGCGGAGUGAUGAGAAGCGGAAGGAUAAAUCGCAUAAGCACCAUGCAGCGCAUGGGGAGAAGACGGGGUCGGAAGAGAAGCCGCCGGCGUAUGCUGGGACGUAA